AUGCCCUAACUUUGUCACCUUUUGAUCGCUGCGGCAACCGUCUCUCCUCAUCCUCCUUUCCGGCUCGGCUCCGACGGCCCCCCGAGGCCAGGCAUGGACCCCGGCGGCCCGUCGGAGAGCCAGAACGCCAGCUUCCCGCCCUCCGUCGCCGGCGGUGUGGCGGCGGGCGCUGGCGGCGGCGCGUGGGGCGUCACGGGCAGCGGCCCCUGGCUGCUGGCCUUCAUGCUGGGCGCCAUCAUCCUCAUGACGGCGUGCGGCAACGUGCUGCUCAUCGCCCUGGUGCUGGCCCACCGCUCGCUGCGCUGCACCUCCAACUGCUUCCUGGUGUCGCUCUUCCUGUCCGACCUGAUGGUGGCGCUGGUGGUGAUGCCGCCCGCCAUGCUCAACGUGCUGUGCGGCGGCUGGGUGCUGUGGCCCGCCUUCUGCCCCGUGUGGCUCUGCUUCGACGUCAUGUGCUGCAGCGCCUCCAUCCUGAACCUGUGCGUCAUCAGCCUGGACCGCUACCUGCUCAUCAUCUCGCCGCUGCGCUACAAGCAGCGCAUGACGCCGCCGCGCGCCCUGCUGCUGGUGGCCGCCGCCUGGGGGCUGGCCGCGCUCGCCUCCUUCCUGCCCAUCGAGAUGAGGUGGCACAGCCUGGGCCACGGGGGAGGGGGUGGGGGAGGAGGCGGAGGAGGUGGUGGUGGAGGACACCACCUGCCGACACACGGGGUGCUCGGCGGCGGCGAAGGGGGCAACGCCAGCCUGUCGUCGUACGGCUCCCCGGCGCCGUACCCGCCGCCCUACUUCCUGCUGGCGGGGGGCCCCGGGGCCCCGGCCUUCCAGUGCCGGCUGCAGGUCACGCUGCCGUUCGCGCUGGUGGCGUCGGUGCUCACCUUCUUCCUGCCGUCUGGCGCCAUCUGCUUCACCUACUGCCGCAUCCUGCUGGCCGCACGCCGGCAGGCCCGCCGCGUGGCCGCCCUCAGCCACCCCCCGCUGCCCCACCAGUACCUGGGGGCGCCGUCGCGCCCGCCGUCCCCGGGGCCCGCCGCCGGGGCCCCCAGGGGCCCGCCGCAGGAGGGGGACGACUACAGCCACCAGGAGCCCACCGCCUCCUGCAGCGCGCCGCUGUCGGUGAACAGCGAGCGGCGCCUGGCCCACCGGCAGGGCCGGCGCGCCCUGAAGGCCAGCCUGACGCUGGGGGUCCUGCUGGGGCUGUUCUUCGGCGCCUGGCUGCCCUUCUUCAUCACCAACAUGGCCGAGGCGGUCUGCGACUGCGUCCCCCCGGCGCUCUUCGACGCCAUCACGUGGCUGGGCUACUGCAACAGCACCAUGAACCCCAUCAUCUACCCGCUCUUCAUGCGGGACUUCAAGCGGGCGCUGGGCAAGCUGCUGCCCUGCUGCUUCUCCCGCUCGCCCCGCCGCCCCUCGCCCGCCCUCUCGCUCUCCCUGCGCAACUCGGGCGAGCGCCGCGUGGCCGGCGACUCGCCCUCCUCGCCGUCGCCCUCGCCGCCGCCGUCGUCGUCGUCGUCGUCCCCGGACGCCGCGUCCGACCCCACCCACCCGCCCGCCACCGCCACCGACGCCGUCAACCUGCUGGACGCCGGCGCCGAGCAUGCUGGGGUCGAGCUGCCGCUGCUGCUGCCCAAUCAGGUGGAGGCGCUGGACUGAGGGGGGGGGGGGGGGCGGGGCCGCCCGAGGUACUGGCUGAGGAAUGCGUCCGGGGCCAGGUGGGGCCAGCACCACACGCCUCUCCCUUUAC